UGGACUAGAGCUCACGACGCCGGUGGUUGGAGGUACGAGUUUCAGUGCAGUAACAUGGCCGAGUCAUUCAAUAAGUUGUUAUUGGGGAUACGUGGUAUGCCUGUGAACGCAAUCGUUGAAUUCACCUUCUACAGGCUUGUUGCGUGGUUCAAUGAAAGACACGCAAAAGCAGAAGCGUUGCAGGUUGCUGGGGAGAGAUGGGCUGAAAAACCAAAGAGACAUCUCAUCAUUGCAAAUGAAAGGGCUUCCACACAUGAGGUGCAAUGUUUUGAUCUCGGCUCAGGGACUUAUCAGGUGGAGCAUAGGGGCGGUACAACGUCCGACGGUGAGAUCCGAGAGUCGAGGAUACAUGUGGUAGUUCUCCGAGAUUUCAAGUGCACUUGUGGUAGGCUAAGGCAGUACCACUUUGUAUGUUCUCAUUUGGUGGCAGCAGCUAGGCAUCGCAAUUUUGAUAUCGAGAGCAUGAUACCACAUGAGUUCAGCGUAGACACCCUUGUGCGGACAUGGAGCCCCCGCUUCGUGCCUUUCCGGGAUCCUAGAGAGUGGCCUCCGUAUGAUGGGCCAAAAUAUGUUGCGGAUCCUGCAUACCGUUGGAACAAACGUGGAACAAGGAAGCGGACGAGGCAUAACAUGACUAUGGAUCAGGUAUCCGGAAGAACGAGGCGUGGUAGAGCAACACCAUUUCUUGCUGAUCCAGAACAGAAUGAGUGCGGCAAGUGCGGCAGAUUGGGUCAUAAUUCACGCACUUGCCGUUGGCAAAUUAGUGAGGAUGGCGCACUUCCACCUUCUAGACCAGGCGUACGACCAGACCCACCGAGGUCGUCUCAUAGCGGGAGGGCAGGUCCUUCCGCUCCUUCGUUCUAGAGCCCAUGAUGGGUUUUUGGCGCUGCAGUACGACGACCGCUACAU